ACAAUACAACAAUGUCGAAAAACACUGAACAUACAAUGAGCUCCCAAUCCUACGUAACUGCUGCUAAAACAAUUCCAAAAAUCAAUUUUCCUAAAAGAGAACAAGCUAUAGUGCUACAUGCGGAGGACAACCUGAAACUAUUCGACUACGUCCAGGCUAUAGGUAACAUUAUCCAACCGAAAAAUAUCUGUUUCGCUUCCAGAAUAUCUAACAACAGGAUCUGCGUAUACCUAGCCAAUAUAGAACUAGUAGACCAACUUAUCAAAACCCACCCAACUGUGACUAUAGGUGACACAAAUUUGAAUGUAAGAAGGCUAGUUUCACCAACAAAGAGGAUUGUGAUUUCGAAUAUUUCACCAUGCAUCCCACACGAUCUCGUAACAGAAGUCUUAACUGACAUCGGACUACAAUUGGCUUCCCCCGUUUCAUUCUUGAAAGCUGGUAUACCUGGAGAUGAGUACUCCCAUAUACUCAGUUUCCGAAGACAAAAUGGAGUGCUUUAUUUGCCGCCAAACUGGCCACGUAGCAUCAACCUGCCCUAACCCUCAAACAGUUCAAGUACAUAACACCCAACCACAAACACAAGCCCCAACAAACUAUGUUCAAGCUCAUCAUCCGUCCUCUACGAUACCACAAGCGGGUGAGAUUCCUGCUCCCAAGAGAGGACUCUCAGAGAUCCUGUCAUCUAGUGAUCAAACCAGUCAAC